AGAAAAAAGAAUAAUGUAGAAUAUUAAAGAAUGGAGAAUAAAUUCCUAGAUUUCUGGUCGGAGAAUCAUAGAAUAAUAAAAAGAGAUGAUUAUGCUGGGGAGCCCCAUCAAGCUGGAUUUGCUACUGUAGAAACUGUUCAGCUUUUGGCACAGGUUCUAACCAUAGGAGGGGUUAUUCUGCUGAGUGCUCUAGCUGGAGAUGGUAUAUUUAACAGAUUUAGGUUAUGGGCAGACCCUGCCAGAUUUGGAUAUCCUGCUCUAGGGUAUCAGUAUCCUGGUCUACACCCUGCUGGUGGUGUUCAGUAUCCUGCCCUACACCCACAUAGUAGUCUUCCUUAUACUAGCAUAUACUCGGAGUACUUCCAGACACAUCCGUAUCUUAGAAGCUCUCAUAUACAACCUGUUUACACAACAACUAAACCAGUUCAUUUCUACAAAUACAACCAGCCAAAACCAGUUUAUCAACAACAUAAACCGGUUUAUCAACAACCUAAACCAGUCUACCAACUUCCAAAACAAGUCUACAAACCGCAAAAACCAGUUUAUCAACCACGAAAACCAAUCAACCAACAAAAUAAACCAAACGAUAACUCUGUCUACCAGAAACUAAGGCAACUCUACAAAAAUCAACAGGAUUACAAACAAACGAAACCAGUCCACUAUCAACACAAACCUAUUUACAAGCAACAAAAACCAUCAUACAACCAACGAAAAGAAAUCUAUCAAAGACAAAAACCUCCUAUCCAUCAGAAGCAAAAGCCAAACCAAGCCUACAAAACGCAUGAUAUUCCCUAUAAUAAACCUAAACAAGUUUACCAACCCCCUAGAUCAGCUUACAAGAAUGAAGUAUCUUCAAAUCCACAGUAUGGCCAUGUUUCUUUUCCUAGUGUAAAUGAUCAUCAAUACAAUCAACCUUCCAUUCAAACCUCAAAAAGUAAAAAACCAGAAGCUUCAAAGUAUCCGACCUUUUUGCCGGAAGAAAAUUUUACUGUUAAUGAUGACAAUACUAAUAAAAACCCAGAAGCUUCAAAAUAUUUGAAUUUCCCACCGGAAGAAGAUUUUACAGAUUAUGAUAAUAAAGAUAAAAAGCAAGAAACUUCAAAACAUUUGACUUUUCCCCCAGUGGAUGGAUUUUAUGAUGAUAUUUCUAAAGAUUAUACAAGAGAUGCCACCCCAAUAGACGGCAGUAUUGAAAAACAACAGCUGAACACACCUAACCAGUACAGUACAAACUUUGCUGAGAAUGUACUAGCCAGCAAAAUACCAGAACCAAAACCUGUAUUGAGUAUCACCAAUUCAGAAUUAGGAGGAUAUAAGACACAAGAUUCUUACCGAUUUAAGUCAAGCCCCAGACCAGUUUACAAACCAGAGAAGAAGUAUGAGAGUGAUUUUGUUCCCUCCUCAUAUGAUUCGUUUCAUAUAAUACCAGCACAAGGAAUGAUUUUGAUCGAAACCAUUUAUACGACAUCACUUCCCUUUACAAAAAUGGAAUCCAAAAUAAUUUUUUUAAAUGAUCUCUAUCUCGAAGAAAUAUAA